AUGGCGAAGGAGGACGAUAAUCAGCAAGUCUUUUCAGAAUCAACGGGGGAAGAUGCUCGUCUGGAAAACCUGGGCUAUGAGCAGGAGCUCAAGCGAACUUUUGGGUUGUUGGGCAUGAUUGGCUUCAGCUUCAGCGUGGUUACUUCAUGGACAGCUCUAAGCGGUGUAUUCAUCGUCGGCGUCACGUCCGGCGGCCCCCCGGUCAUGGUGUUCAGUUUCAUUGGCGUGAGCCUUCUUACGUUAGCUGUUGCCAUUCCAAUGGCGGAAAUGUGCUCCAUGUAUCCUGUUGCUGGAGGCCAAUACUCCUGGGUUGCGGCUUUAGCGCCGCCGAGCAUCGCACGAGGCCUUUCUUACAUUAGUGGCUGGUUCAUGCUCAUCGGUAUCCUCGCCAUGGGAGCAACGAAUAACUCCAUCGCAGCCAACUUCGUCCUAGGCAUGGCAAAUCUCGUCUUCCCCGACUACACCAUCGAGCGCUGGCAUACCGUUCUGGUAGCAUAUCUAGUGGCAUUCAUGGCAACAGCAAUCAAUAUCUGGGGCCCGCACCUCCUGCACCGCAUCUCCCGGUUUAUCCUGAUCUGGAACGUCGGCUCGUUUCUGAUAACCACGAUCGUCCUUUUAGCGACCAAUGACCACAAACAAUCGGCCUCAUUUGUGUUCUCCGAGUUCCAAAAUUUCUCAGGCUGGGGAUCAUCAAUGGCAGCCAUCGUAGGUAUUCUGCAAGCCUGUUUUGGGAUGUGCUGCUACGACGCCCCAUCACACAUGACCGAAGAAAUGAAGUCAGCCUCCAAGGAGGCUCCCAAGGCUAUCAUCCUCUCUGUUGUCCUGGGUGCUGUGACAGGAUUUGCCUUCCUCCUGACGCUCUGCUUCUGCAUCGGUGACAUCACCAACACUGCCAACACAAGCACCGGCGUGCCAGUCAUCCAGAUCUUCUACGACUCUACGGGAAGUAAAGUUGGCACAUGCUUCUUGUCGAGCAUGAUCGCUAUUAUCGUCAUAGUCGCCGGAAACAACCUCCUAGCGGAGGGAUCUCGUUCCGUGUACGCCUUCGCCCGGGACCACGGCCUCCCAUUCUCGCACGUCUUCGCUAGAGUAGACAGCAAGCGACAUGUGCCCGUUAACGCCGUGCUCCUUACCCUCGUCGUGCAACUUGCUCUGGAUGCAAUUGACUUUGGUACAACCACCGGGUUCGAAACGGUCAUUGCUAUCUCCACUGAAGGAUUCUACCUGUCCUACGCCAUGGCCCUAUUCAGCCGUCUCCUCGGCUAUAUAACCGGCCAUAAGACACAUUUGAAAGGCCCCUUUGCCCUCCCCCAGUCUAUGUCCAUUGCUCUUAACAUCUUUGGUCUCCUAUUCCUGCUCUUCGCGGCGAUCACGUUUAACUUCCCGACUACCUACCCUGUUACCCAUGAAUCCAUGAACUAUACAUCGGCAGCCAUUGGGGUCAUUGGAUUGGUCAGUGCUGUGACAUGGAUAACAACGGGGAGGAAUCAAUUCACCGGGCCGCAAGCCAUGAGUGUGCUGAAUGGACAUGAGAGAGAAGAGAGGGUUAGUGGUGAAAUGAUAAAGAAGGGUUAG